CGUCAAUUCGCGGCCCCUUUUUGGCCCUGAACUGCACCAACAACACAACCCACACAUCGGGAACGAGCCUCGCAGCAAAAGACCCGCCUCUGUUCCUAAAUCUUCGAUCAUCACCCAAUUCACUCUCGCUGGUAGCAUCGAUUAUCCCUCUCUCUACUCCUCAUCCUCCCUUCACGAGACGGCCACCCCCGCAAAACCCCCUCUUAAACGCAACGCCGCCCCAGCUGGCCAAUUGUAGGCCACCCGCGAGAUUUGGUUAAUAUCCACCCGAUCACCAGCUCACUAGCGGCCCGCUCAGCCGUACCCCGAGCGUCCGCCCAAGGCACUUCUAAGGAUCCCCCCACCCUCUCCUUCCUUGGCGCCGAGUCUACAGGAACCAUCACUGCAUACCCCACCGGCCCUUACACCCAUCAGAUUCCAGCUGCUCCUUCUGCCGCUCACCCCUGAGCUCAAUCAAGACGCUCUGUAAAGCAAAGAGAAGAGAAGAUGAACGCACAAUUCCUGAGAGAAUACAAGCUCGUGGUAGUUGGAGGAGGAGGUGUCGGAAAGUCGGCCUUGACGAUUCAAUUCAUUCAGAACCAGUUCCCAGAGGAGUAUGACCCAACAAUUGAAGACUCAUACCGUAAACAGUGCCUCAUCGACGAGGAGGUAGCAUUGCUAGAUGUACUGGAUACUGCUGGACAGGAAGAGUACAGCGCAAUGAGAGAACAAUACAUGCGAACCGGUGAAGGUUUCCUCUUGGUCUACAGCAUCACCUCGCGGGACUCGUUCGACGAAAUUUCCAUCUUCCACCAGCAGAUUCUGAGAGUGAAGGACAAGGAGUACUUCCCUGUCAUCGUCGUUGCCAACAAGUGCGAUUUGGACUACGAGAGGCAAGUGGGAACCCAUGAGGGACGGGAGCUUGCAAGGCACUUCGGCUGCCGAUUCAUCGAAGCCUCGGCCAAGCAGCGCAUCAACGUUGAGGAGGCCUUUUCGAGUCUAGUGAGAGACAUUCGAAAGUACAACAAGGAGCAAGCUGCCGGCAGACCAGGAGCCGGUGGACGAGCAGGGGCUGCUGGUGCAGCAGGCGGUGCAGGCGCAAAGGGCGCAGAUGGUACCCAUGGUGGUGGCGGCUGCUGUGCAGGCUGCAAGGUGAUGUGAGAGAGUGGCGAGCAGAAGACGGGAGGGAAGGCAUGCACAGUAUAAAAGCAAGCACCGGCGCCCAUGGAGAGGCGAGACAGGUCACGAAGGAACGCAGCCCGGCGGAUGAGGGAAAUGCUGCAGGCUAUUUGAUCCUUACCGAUCUAAUGAACGAUUCCACAGGGGCUUCCUCCUCGAAUACCCCUUUCUUCCUUUUUCUUCUUCUUUCUUCCACUCUGCGCUGCAUUUCCACCCUGUGGUCUUCCUCUUCUUUUUCCUUUUUCCCUU